CCGGAAGGCCGGACCCGUCCUCCGGCCGCCGCGCCGAUCGAGCUCACCGGAGCCGGAGCUCCGGCCGUCGGCCGCCCAUUCCGCGCUGGCCGCUUAAAAAAUUACUUCGACACGCAGCUCUCGCGGCGCCCCCUCAACUCGCUGCCACGCCACAGUCUUGAGCAAAACCGAAAGCAAAGCCACAUGCUUAAUCACACUAAUUAAUUCACUCUCGCUCCCACCUGCAGUGACACGCCCCGCACCGCAGCGCGGCGUGCUCUCUCGCCAUUAAAGGCGCAGUCUUUCUCUCUCCUUCACUCCUUUUCUCUCUCCACAGAGUGGAGUGGUUGGUGCUCUCAGGGUGGCUGGCCGUGGCCUCUGCCGAUAGGGCCGGGGUGGGGCACACCGGGAGGGAAAAGAGAGAUGGUGGGGAUGAAGCCAGGGGGAGGAGUGUUGCGUUUCUCCUCCACCAUGGCCCCCUCUCCUCCUCGGCUCCUCUUCCCGCUCCUCGCCUCGCUAUGCUGUGCGGUGGCGGCGCAGACGACGGACACGCUGCGGCAGGGGCAGUCGCUGUCCGGGGCGGCCACGCUGGUGUCCUCGCCGGAGGGGGUGUUCGAGUUGGGCUUCUUCGCGCCGGACACGAACCAGCCGUCCCGCCAGUACCUCGGCAUCUGGUACCACGGCAUCUCGCCGCGGACCGUCGUCUGGGUCGCCAACCGCGUCGCGCCGGCCACCUCGGCGCUGCCGUCGCUCGCGCUCACCGUCACAGGCGAGCUCCGCGUCCUCGACGGCACCACGGCCAACGGCACUGCCGACGCGCCGCUGCUCUGGUCCUCCAACGCCACCUCGCGCGCGGCCCCAAGGGGCGGCUACUCGGCGGUGCUCCAUGACAGCGGCAACCUCGAGGUGCGCAGCGAGGAUGAUGGGGUGCUCUGGGACAGCUUCUCGCACCCGACGGACACCAUCCUGUCCGGGAUGCGAAUCACCUUGCAGACGCCCGGGAGGGGUCCCAAGGAGCGGAUGCUGUUCACGUCCUGGGCCAGCGAGACGGACCCCUCGCCGGGGCGGUACGCGCUCGGCCUCGACCCCAACGCUCAGGCCUACAUCUGGAAAGACGGCAAUGUUACCUACUGGAGGUCGGGACAGUGGAAUGGGGUGAAUUUUAUAGGCAUUCCAUGGAGGCCACUCUACUUGAGUGGGUUCACACCGUCGAAUGAUCCAGCGUUAGGAGGAAAAUAUUACACAUACACUGCAACAAACACUUCUCUGCAGAGGUUUGUUGUUUUGCCAAAUGGCACAGACAUCUGCUACAUGGUUAAAAAAUCUUCACAAGAAUGGGAGACUGUCUGGUACCAACCAUCAAAUGAGUGUGAAUACUAUGCUACAUGUGGUCCAAAUUCGUUAUGCACUGCGUUACAAGAUGGCAAGGCAAAAUGCACCUGCCUAAAAGGUUUCCGUCCGAAGCUGCAGGAGCAGUGGAAUGCAGGAAAUUGGAGUCAAGGUUGCAUCAGGAGCCCUCCUCUGGGCUGUGAGGCCAACCAAUCUGGGGAUGGAUUUCUUCCAAUGAGAAACAUAAAAUGGCCUGAUUUAUCAUAUUGGGUAUCUACAGUGGCAGAUGAGACUGGGUGCAGAACUGACUGCCUGAACAACUGCUCAUGUGGUGCUUAUGUAUACACGAGUACAACGGGGUGCCUAGCCUGGGGUAACGAACUAAUCGACAUGCAUGAGUUGCCAACUGGGGCAUAUACUCUAAACCUGAAGCUUCCUGCUUCUGAGUUACGAGGACAUCACCCAAUUUGGAAAAUAGCCACGAUAGCAUCAGCCAUAGUGCUAUUUGUUUUGGCUGCUUGCCUUCUUCUGUGGUGGAAGCGUGGUAGAAAUAUUAAAGAUGCAGUGCACAGAAGUUGGAGAUCAAGGCAUUCAUCUUCCCGAUCCCAGCAGAAUAGUGCUAUGCUGGACAUCUCGCAGUCGAUUCGUUUUGAUGAUGAUGUGGAGGAUGGGAAAAGUCAUGAACUCAAAGUGUACUCCCUGGAACGCAUAAAAGCUGCUACAAGCAAUUUCAGUGACUCUAACAAGCUUGGAGAAGGAGGAUUUGGUCCUGUCUAUAUGGGAACAUUUCCUGGGGGAGAAGAAGUAGCUGUCAAGAGGCUUUGUAGGAAUUCAGGUCAAGGCCUUGAAGAAUUCAAGAAUGAGGUCAUACUUAUUGCAAAGUUGCAGCACCGCAAUCUUGUAAGACUACUGGGGUGCUGCAUACAGAGAGAAGAGAAGAUCUUGGUGUAUGAGUACAUGCCUAACAAAAGUCUAGAUGCAUUCCUCUUCAAUCCUGAAAAGCAAGGGCUUCUAGACUGGAAGAAACGGUUUGAUAUAAUUGAAGGCAUUGCUAGAGGGCUGCUAUAUCUCCACCGGGAUUCGAGGUUGCGAGUUGUUCACCGUGAUCUCAAGGCCAGCAACAUUCUCCUGGAUGCGGACAUGAACCCCAAGAUAUCAGAUUUUGGAAUGGCAAGGAUAUUUGGAGGGGACCAAAACCAAUUCAAUACGAAUCGCGUCGUCGGUACAUUUGGCUACAUGUCUCCUGAAUAUGCAAUGGAAGGCAUUUUCUCAGUCAAGUCUGACGUCUACGGCUUUGGAGUCCUGAUCUUGGAGAUCAUCACAGGAAAGAGAGCUGUGAGCUUCCACUGUCAUGAGGACUCCUUGAAUAUCGCAGGAUAUGCAUGGCGGCAAUGGAACGAAGACAAGGCUGCGGAGCUGAUCGAUCCAGUGAUAAGAGCGUCGUGCUCGGUUCGACAAGUCCUGAGAUGCAUCCACAUUGCGUUGCUAUGUGUGCAAGAUCACGCCGAUGAGCGACCUGACAUCCCCACCGUCAUCCUUAUGUUGAGCAACGACAGCUCGAGCCUUCCUAAUCCGAGGCCGCCUACCCUGAUGCUUCGAGGCCGUGAGAUCGAGUCCAGCAAGUCGAGCGAGAAGGACCGGAGCCACUCCAUUGGCACUGUGUCAAUGACACAGCUGCAUGGAAGAUAGAGUAUAGCACGAAAAAUAUACUGAAGUUGUGAUAUCUCUUUUCUUUUUUGUUCUCCCUUUGUGAUGUUGAUAAUUUGCCGUUUGCUGUAGAUUAGUCUCUCUCUCUCUCUCUCUCCCCCCCCCCCCCCCCCCCUCUUUCUUUUUAUGAUGGCGGCAGUGAAUUUGUAUGAAAAUCACCGUAGCGUCAUACAUACGUAAAGUGGCAAUUAAUUUUGCAAAGGUGAGGUAUUUUUUUUA